AUGGCUUCCAGAUCAAAAUCCCGCUUAUUAUUUAAUUCAACUCUCCGCUCCCUAGGAGCUGUCUCCCCCUCCGUCCUCAAUCUCCGUCCCCGCAUAUCACUGAACUCACCAAUUGCCUAUCGGUUUGCUCAUGCCAUACCUAGACCACCUACCUCGAGACCUUCGACCUCGGCAUCGACCGUUAGGAAGCAUUAUCCGCCAAAGCGUAUCGAUCCUCACUAUGAACUAACAUUUACUUGCGUACCUUGCGGCGACCGCUCCACACAUGAAAUAUCGAAACAGGGCUACCAUCAUGGAUCGGUACUCAUCACCUGCCCAUCUUGUCGCAAUCGCCACGUCAUCAGCGACCACUUGAAGAUCUUCGGCGAUCGCAAGAUGACUAUCGAAGAUCUUAUGAAAGAGAGGGGCCAACUAGUGAAGAGAGGUACUCUUGGCGAGACCGGCGAUGUUGAAUUCUGGGAAGACGAGACCGUAAGCAAUCGAAAGCGAAAGCGAAAUAUUGCUGCCGCUAGGAACAGCGUCGAAGAGGAUUCCGCGGAAAACGAGCAGGACGACGAUUUAGACGAGGCUUCGCUCUCGCGAGAGGCGAGGGAUUCCUCAUCACAAUCUACAGAUCCGACACCUACAACCUCGGCGUUGUUGGGGAACACGGGCGCUGGCCCGUCAGUAGACAGCACUCAGCACGCCAAUGAAGUCCCAUCAACACGACGCCAAUAG